CGCACGGGCUGCUUUCAAUCACAUAUUCUGCGCGCUUUAAUUUUGACGUUUGUUCGAAAGAUACGAACGAUUUACGCGGGUGUACAUGUUUUGUUUUCUGUGCACUGUUCCACCGGCGUAAAUCUAUUGUUUUUCUGUGAUAUUGACGAUUAUUUGCUUACAGAUUGUUUUAUUUCAUUAGUUUCUACCGUAAGGUGAAAGUGCGCGAUAUUAACAACAAUGGAAUAUAACGAGCAGAAACUGGUGAAGAAGAAAACGAAAUACGCAAACGAAUCGAACUAUUUAGCAUUGGCCGAAACAUGUAUGCUGCUGGGAGAAUGGUACAAAGACCGUGAAGAGCAUCAGCGCGCCCUGAACGAAUACAAAUUAGCGGCCAAAGCGUAUGAAAAGAUAAGCAAACCAAUGGAUCGUGGGCUUGCGUUCAGGAUGGUUGGCGAGAUGCAUGCCACGUUGGGUCAGUACAAGGAAGCACUGCAUAAUGUGCAGGCCUACAUGCGAGCCGCACUACGAGAUGCCAAUACUAAAGCUAUGCAAGAGGCACAUACCACCUUGGGUAGAGUGUAUCUCCAGCGGGCCGAAUCCUUCCAGCGGCAGGGCAAAACAUCCGAUGCUGAGACGGAUCUGGUUGAGGCCGAUAGGUCGUUCCGUACGGCUCUUUCGAUUUGCGAUGAACUGAAACGAACUUUACCCAAAACCGAAUUGAUCAACAUGCAGGCCAGAGCUCACCUUAACCUCGGUAUCACAUUGGACGCACAGAACAAAACAGGCCCAGCGAAGGAAAAUAUGGAACGAGCAAUUCGACUUGCGAAGGAGGCCGAUUUAUUUGACCUACUCUACACGUGCUACAACGCGAUGGCACUCUCUAGCUCGCGGUGGGAAAGUAAUUCAGAUUCAGCCAACGGUGAGCACUGUGGACAAACGUUACGUUUGUUGAACCUAAGCCUUGAAGUAGCGUCUCGGCUUACGGGCCGUGCCUCAAAGAUGUGCCAAACGUUAAUGCUGAUGGGAACGUUCUUCCUGAAGAUGGACGAUUUUCAAAGCGCCCGACAAACGCUGAGGAGAGCCUACCGACUUAAAACACCUGUUGUGGACGAUGCGAAACGGAUAAAGCAGAGACUGAAAGUACUCAUCGCUAUGUGCCGUAUGGAGGAUGAGCUUAUAACGACCGAUGCGACAAACUAUGUGCGCCGCAAGGAAUUGUACGAGCGCAUGGGAGAUGGUGCGUGCCUAUUGCGCAAUUACAGUAAAGCUAUCGAUUACUACAAGCUAAUGCUGCAGAAUGCCGAAGCAAACGGUGAAGCCGAUCGUCAGCUGAUACCGUGUUACGUGAGCCUAUAUCAAACGUACAUCGAUAACCGACAGUAUGAACAAGCGCUAGAGUAUCUUUGGAAGGAGCACAAAAUCAUAAGCAACGAACCGCAGGAAGCGUAUUACACGUUGAUGAAAAUUGGAAAACUAUACGAACGCCAACGGAGAUCGUUCUUCGACAUCCAGAACAUCUACCUGAAGGCGAAAGAUGAAGCAAAGAAGCUUCAAUCGGUCGAACAACAACGCGUGGCAGUGCAGCGUGCGGUUAAGGUUUUGCGGGUCUACUGUAUGGAUUUGAUGGCGGACAAGCUGGAACAGGAUGCACUGGGCGAAGGAAUCGAUAUCGCAAAUGCAGCUGAACCUGAUAGUGAAGAACUGUUGGAUCAAAUUCAAACAAACGAUCUUGUAGAUUACGAUGUUGAGGAAGAGGAGGUCGAGGAAGCAGAUCGAGACACACCAAACGUGGGAGACGAAAUCGAUCUUGAAGUCGAUCUUUCCGAUGAUUCCGAUGGUGAUCCGGCCCUCACCAUAGGUGAAGAUUUAAACAACUCGACAACAGCAGAAACAUCGAGAACUCGAAAGCGGGGUAAACGAUUCGCCAUCCGGCGUAACAAGAAGGGCGAAACACAGCUGCACCAAGCAGCGAUCUCCGGUAAUAAGGCUCUCGCCGAACAACUGCUCCAGGUAGGGCAUCCGGUAAAUGAGCGUGACUUUGCCGGAUGGCUACCACUCCACGAAGCCUGCAUACACGGAUAUUCCGAAAUCGUUACGCUGCUGCUCGACCGGGGAGCACAUAUCAACGAUAAGGGUGGUACUAGCUGCGAAGGUAUUACACCACUGCAUGACGCCUGCCGUAAUGGACAUUUGGACGUGAUCACGGUACUGCUUGAUCGUGGAGCCAAUGCAACGCAGCGUAAUGAUUACGGUGAAACUGCUCUAAGCAUGCUGGAUGCAUGGUACAAAAAACUUAAGGUGCCUCUGACAGCUUCGGAGAUGAACCAUUACAAGCGUAUUAGAAGCGAGUUGGUAGCGCAGUUUGAUGCAGCGGCCAUUCCAACAUCACCUCCAUUGACAGCAGGGAAAACGUCCGAUAACACUUCUGGUGAUAGAAGAUCAUUAAAUCGGCACCAAUCUGAGGACAAUUUCAAAGCAUCUCUUUCUUCGUCAUUUGCUUCUCCAACAAAAUCGAGUCUACAAACAUUAAAGGCUAGCAGUAGCUCUUCCGGUUACGUAAGUGAGGUCGGAUCAUUGCGGCACCGCAACAUUAUCUACGAUGACGAUGAUGGUCGAUCUACUACCAGUGGUGAAGAGUCUCAAACCGAAGACACGUACGCUAGUGUGAAGAAACGCAAAUCUUCAUCUGGAGUAGCGGAGUAUCGCAGCGUAAUGAAAUCGAUGCGCAAACAGCAUCUUGAUAAUGAACAGUCACCAACGCGUGUUACCUCGCAGAAGAGACGUCCAACAACCCGAUUUGCUGAUGAGCAAGAAGAUAAAGACGAUUGGCUGAUCGACGAUAUGAAACAAUCGUCUAAAAAGAGUCGUGUAAAUCGCGAUCGCGAAUCUCGUGAAGUUGUUUUAGGGAAGAGUAAAUCUUUCUCCAUUUCAACUAAUCCCGUGGAGUCUAUAAAUGAUCGCGACACAAGAACGUCUCGCUAUAGCGUAUCAUACGAUUCGGACGGUGACGAUCUGUUUGAGGUGGAAGUGGAACAGAAUCACGAUCAAACCAAACGUUCACAGCAGAACCAAGAUAAGCAGAGUGCUUUCAAUGUUAUCAUGAACAAUUCGGCCAAGAGCUUUCGACGCACACAAUCUCGACGGAACUCGAAUGAAUUGCGCACUUUCUCGUGCAGUGGACGAUCUGCAGUCUAUCAGUCAUCUCUUCUUGAUGCAGGAUUCCAGCGAAUUGCCAGUCCAACGCUAGAGGAAAAAGAAAAUUUUGUUCCACAGGAAUGCCAUUCCGGAACACCGAUCAAACAGUCGCUGGAAUUGUUCACUCCACAUACGCCUUUGCAGCAGGAUCGCGUCAUAAAGGUAAUUCUCGAUAAUGGGGAAACGUACACUGUACAAUAUGACGCACAGCUGAAUUCAGCGACACCACCGAUCGAAUGGUUAGCGAAUGCGGUUACAAAACAGUACAUCAUAAAUCAUGGUAAACGUCCAUUAAUCAAACUGAAACCAGUAGAAGGUUCGUGGUUGAAUUCUGAUACCUGGGCCGAACUGUUACAAACAGGUUCAGCGUUAGGCACAACAGUGUACGGUCAAAUUAACGGAUGGGAACACAUUGAUUUGGAACAGUAUUAUGAAGAGUAUUGCAAGGAACAUAAGCUUGCACACGAUAGCAGCUUACGCAAGCGCCUAAUAAUGAUGGACCGAAAUGAAAUCAUCAUUCUGGAAAAUGAUUUUGCCUGCACCAUACCAUCCAUCGCAAGGGAGCAUGUACUGCCCAUGGUCUUCAUGGUAACAUUUUUUCAGCAGGACUGGCUGAAACAAUUAGACCUUUCCAUGAACAGCAUCACGGAUGAUGACGUUGCAAUGCUAGCCCGCCAUCUGCCAGCCUGCCGGCAGCUGCGUAUUUUACGGCUGACGAGAAAUAUUCUCACUAGCAGAAGUGUCGAGAUGCUUUGCUUUGGGUGCCGAAACGCUUCGGAUAUGUCUACCGACGGAACGAGCAACAAACCUGCGGCCAUCGGAGGUGGUUUACUAGCCGAGCUCGAUCUAAGCUACAACCCGUUGGAAGAUGAUGCAUUAGUACCGCUAGCCCGGUUGUGUAGCAAUUUGCCAUUCCUUCGCGUUUUACGCCUUAGGUCAGCGGAUUUAACUAAUUUCAGCACCACUAUCUUCCCGAGCGAAAAGCUAAAUCGUUUGGAAACGUUUGACAUUUCCGAAAACAAACUCACGGAACGUUCCGCGCAGUACCUUUUACAGCAACUGGCUGAAGGGAACUUGCGCGAAGCAUAUCUCGCAUCGCUACCUGUUUAUUGUAUCAAUUUUAAACCAAAACUGUGGCAAACACUAUCCCAAAAUCGGAUGGAUGAUUUGCGCACACUCAAUCUGGUCAACUGUCGGCUGACGGAUGACGAAAUCGAUUGCACACUUAUGCCCGCCAUCGGACGAAACUGUGCAUCGUUGGCACGGUUGGAUUUGUCGCGCAAUGUCAGCCUUACGAAACGUUCCUUUCUGGCCAUUCUGCGGCACUGUGCCGGUGCCGUAUUUGAAUUGGAAGAAGUAAACUUUCACCACGACGUACAGCUGUGGAUCGAUAUGGAAACAUUCGAUUCCACGGCACAAUUGCUAGAGUUAAUCGAAUACAGCCCGACAGCGCGCUAUCCCAAGCAGAUACACGCCAUUCUUCCGGUGUGUCCCGGGUAUAGUGCAGAACGAUGUGAAACGUUGCUUGCAGCGAUUGAUCACUUUUGGCGUUCGUUGAGGCCAUCGACACAGUCAUACACGAGAAGGAACGAAAAUGAUUUACAGGUAACGCUUAGCGUUGAUCCAACCAGCUAGCCCCCCCCCCUUUUCUAACCUAAUUAGCAUAUCCUUUGUAUAGUUUCCAUUAAAUAUUUGUAACACUUUUUUUACUAACAGCUACGACAUAAACACACCCAAAAAGUAUAUUGUGAUAGAUCUUCAGUGCUUUGAACUAAUUUCCGAACAUUUUCCAUACAGUUUUGUCGAAACACUGCUGCUGUUUAUGUGUGUUUAUU